AUUUUCCCUAAUAACGAAUCAAUUUUCUUCAAAAUCCAAUUGUGAUGAUAACGAAGGAAUUAUUAUUUUACUGAAAGCAAUCAGCCCAAGUACAGCAUUUAUUACUUGACAGAUAUUUUCGAACCAAUUACAGUAGUACUACUUAAACAAAAGGAAAAGAAAAGGCUUUCAAGGGCUAUUCUUUAUAUACUUUAAGCCAUGCAACUACUGUUGCUUGGCUGGGUAUUUUUGUUAUGUUUUAAAGAAACAAUUCAACAGAACAGAUAUACAACAGCAGGCGCUAAAGUGAUUUUUCCUCGUUCAUCUGCUACUGAAAACACGUGUACUACUCUGACGGCUAGAUCUGGUAAUUGCGUUGCACUUUAUCAAUGUCGCAAUUUGAUUGAACAACGCAACUUGGGCGUCUUGAGAAGAUCUUUGUGUGGUUUUGAAGGGAAAGCUCCUAAAGUUUGUUGCCCACUUUUAGAAGACGAAGAAUUUACUACCGAUACUCCAGUUGCUGUUAAGGGUUAUAAGUCAAAUGAAUCGGAUAUUUUGAACCAUACAUCAACAACCUCUACUGAAUUUAACACUAAUCGUAGCACCAAUCCAGGAAGCUCUAACGAAACACAAGAUGGAAGAAGACUAAGUAGUCCUUUUCCGAAUGAUUGCGGCAAAACACACGUUACUUUUCGAAGAAUAGUAGGAGGACAAGAGUCAGUUAUCGGAGCCUGGCCAUGGAUGGCCGUCAUAUAUUAUGUUAGAAGAAGAGGUAUUAGUGCUGAAUGUGGAGGAGUAUUAGUUACUAAUAAACAUGUCGUAACAGCAGCUCAUUGCAUUGUUAGUUCUCGAAGAGGAACUACAAUGAGACCAUCACAGUUGAGGGUACGUCUUGGUGAUCACAACAUCGACACAACUGACGAUGGAGCAGAUCCUAUUGAUAUUUCUGUUCAAAAUAUUAUUAAAUUUGAUUCUUUUGAUUUACGUACUUUUCAAAAUGAUAUUGCCAUACUUGUUCUAAGGGACACCGUUACUUUUACUGAACAUAUUACUCCUAUAUGCAUACCUUUCGAUGUAUUUAGAGAAGAUGAUUUAUCUCAAAGGAAUGCUUUUGUAGCAGGCUGGGGAACUCUUAGUUAUGCUGGACCAUCAAGUUCAACUUUGCAAGAAGUUCAGGUUAGAAUUUGGGAAAAUGAUAAAUGUAAAGUUGUUUUCCGGAGGGAAGUUCCAAUAACUGGAGCAAAUUUGUGCGCUGGAGAUGGGGACAAAGAUGCUUGCCGAGGUGAUUCUGGAGGUCCUUUAAUGUUAGCUCAUCAAGAUGGAAAGUUUUAUCUAAUUGGACUCGUAUCGUUUGGUAAAAAAUGUGCUGAACCGGGUGUUCCAGGAGUUUACACCAGGAUCACGAAUUUCCUUGAUUGGAUUGAACGAAAUGUUGAAAAUUCUAUGUAAAUCUCUAAAUGAACCAAUAGAAAUAUGGUAUCAAUUAUGCUUGCAUUAAUAAUCCUGUAAAUAAGAAACAAUAAAUCAUCAAUCACGAAUUCAUU